GCAGUGUUUUAUGCGCAUGAUCUGUUCUCUACCUCGGAUUUUCACAUAGAAGGAAUCACAGCAGCAGCGGACACGAAAAUAUUGUGCAUCAUCAUAAUUUCUAACGACCAAAAGUUCCUCGAAAAAUGAAAGCGAUUUCGGCGAAUUAUAGGGAGCGAAUGUGGAAGAGGCUGCGCCGAGUGUGAAGGGGAAAUGGUCGGGUGGCCGCGGAGGCGAUCAACUUUUGGAUUCAGCACGCUGGACAGCUCCGGCUUCGCAGGCGAGAGUUGGAGGAGUUAAAUUUCCCCGCAAGGAAUGAGAUGUGUUGAGGAUGAGCGACCGAGGGUCACGCUGGAGAUCAUGGAGAUAUUUCGACAACUGCAGAUAAUACGUUGGUGACAUCCUGGCUUGAGAAAUGGACUUGGCAGAAAUCCUCUUAGUGUUGUUCAUCUUUGUGGUCGCGAUUGUUUCUUUGUUGUCGAACUUACUGGUGCUGCUAUGUUUUAUGUACAGCACCGAGAUAAGAAGGCAGGUGCCGGGCAUUUUCACAAUGAAUUUGUCUUUCUGCAACAUACUGAUCACGAUUUUGAACAUGCCAGCGACGUUACUGGGGAUUAUCAGAAACCAAAAGCCCUUUGGAGACUGUAUUUGUCAGGCAGUCAGCUUUCUGGAGACUUUUUUGACUGCGAACACCAUGCUGAGCAUGGCAGCGCUAAGCAUAGACAGGUGGAUAGCCGUGGUUUUCCCACUGAGUUACUCCAGUAAAAUGCGAUACAAGGACGCAAUAGUCAUGGUCUGUUACUCGUGGCUUCACUCGCUCACCUUUUCCCUCAUCCCAGUGAUUUUUUCUUGGUUUGAUUAUCACCAGGUAUAUGCCUCCUGCACCUUGCACCUCAAUGCAGAAAGCGAGCGGAUAAAGUUUACAGUCUUCACCGUCGUGUUCCAUGCCACCAGCUUCAUGCUCUCCCUCCUAACCCUGUGCUUCACAUACCUAAAGGUCUUAAAAGUGGCACGAUUUCACUGCAAAAGGAUUGACGUGAUAACAAUGCAGACCCUCUUCUUGCUGGUAGAUAUUCACCCAAGUGUCAAACAACGUUGUCUUGUGGAGCAGAAGAAGAGAAAACAGCGCGCAACAAAGAAGAUCAGCAUUUUUAUUGGUUCAUUUAUCAUCUGCUUCGCCCCUUAUGUUGUAACCAGGUUGGCAGAGCUGUUACCCUCUGUAGGCAUAAACAGGCACUGGGGCAUCGUGAGUAAGUGUCUGACAUACAGCAAAGCUGCCUCGGACCCCUUUGCGUACUCUUUACUGCGGCAGCAGUACAAGAAGGUCCUGAUCCACAUCGUCAACCGCGUGCUGAAGAGGGACCUCUACCCUUCUUCUGGACACAACAGCUCCCUGGAUACAGAGAAUGACUCCUGUCUUCAGAGGAUCAGCUAAGCUCACUUGUGUGGCCCAGAGCCAUGCUGUAAGCAGACAUAAGUGCAGCUGCUAGGGGAGGGGGGGCGUCUGUCCUCCUGGGACCAUGCCGACAGUCAGAGAAAGCCAGCACAGCUCUGGGACCCAUGGACCGUGCCAAACGCAGGGACCAAACUGGAUCAGCUAGUGGAUUCAUUCGAGUAAUUGGCCGUCAGCUUGAUGGAUACAGAAACUUGAGGACCUUAUAUAUACCUAAUAGCCUUGGUACUCCAUUCAAACACAACAGUGCUGUUAGUCUGGCACUGAGCAUUGACAUGGAGAUGCCCAUUUUCCUCUUCAACUGAAUCUGUGUCAGUGGUGGUCUGGCUUGAGUUGAACGGAAGCCCACCACUAGGUGGCACCAUAGCUAACAGCUGGCAGAGCCGCGAGGCUUUUCGGCACACUUCAAGAGUCUGGUGCCAGGGGCGGGAAUGGAGAGAUGCAUUAAGUUCCACCGGGAGUGUGUUGCAGGAAACCCCAUGUCUACAACGAUUAGCUUACCCUCCUCCCCCCCCUCCCCAUUGUGGACUCUGCAGACUCCACCGCCGUUCACUCUGGUAUGUCACUCACUGGCUCUUAAAGCACUUUGUCAUUAUUUCAGAGCUAAUAGUUCCAAAAAAAGGCCAAAGGCAAAAUCCAUUUUUUUUAUUACAACUAUAAUGCUUACGUGUUAAACUGAAUGUACUGCCAGAUCUCAAACACAUUUGUACUUCUCUUUUAUUUUGCAGAAAUGGUUUAUAAAAUAUUUAUACUAAACUUCCAGGCAAUUUAUUUUGCUGCAUUAAAAUCACGUAUUUGUUGAAAUUAUUAUUUUAUUAGGGAGAAAUAAACCUCUGUGUGGAGAAAGUUAUACUGUUUAUGUGCUUUAAAUUAUAUUGUGCUUGUGCCAGAUUAUGUUUAUAAAUAACUGUCGGACAGUCAGUGUUUUCAUGCCCAAAACAUUCGCUUAAUUUCUAUACGUACCCAGUAAAACGUAGGACCAGAUGGUUCAGAAGUAAACAGUGAAUGUUAAUUUUGCUCCAAGGUACCUGCUGUUUUCUGUUGUGUGAGUGGAACCAUUUGUGAAAUUAGUGCAAUAAAGUUGGCAGAGAUGUUUGGUGAA